AGCAGACAGCGGCUGCUCGACGCAUUCACAAGGGCUUUCAAGUAACAGAAAAAAAUUCAAGAUUAUCGCAAGCCGAAGCCUGCGUAGAAAUGGGUUGUUUGGACUCAAAGACAGACUCCUUGAAAGACAACAAGCGUCGAACCUGGGGAGGCAAGUUGGAAUUCAUUAUUACAUGUGUUGGCUAUGCUGUUGGUCUGGGAUCGGUAUGGCGCUUUCCGUAUCUGUGUUACAGGAACGGUGGAGGCGCGUUUUUGAUACCAUACUGCGUCAGUUUGCUCUUGGUUGGCCUUCCAUUAUUCUUCAUGGAACUAUGUUUUGGCCAGUUUGCCAGUCUUGGGCCUAUCACUAUUUGGAAAAUAAGCCCCUUGUUCAAAGGUAUUGGCUAUGGGAUGAUGAUGAUUUCUUUGUUCAUCGCACUUUACUACAACGUAAUAAUUGCCUACAUCCUUCACUACCUCUUCGCCUCAAUGACGGCUAAUUUGCCGUGGUCUGCUUGUGGGAAUACAUGGAAUACUGACGCUUGUUUAUCAAUUCAUAAGAACGGUAUAAAUGAACAUUUGUUUACUAUUUGCUUCAAAGCUGGUGAAGGCACUAGUAUACGGACAAACAACACCAACUUAAUCAAUAGAAUAACGCUUCUGAAUACUACCGAUACUACCGAGGUCAUCGCCACUUCACCAAGCGAGGAGUAUUUCUACCGUAAAGUCCUGGAGAUGACUGAUGGGAUAGAGAAUUCAGGGGGUCUCAAAUGGGACCUUUCCCUGUGUCUUCUGCUGGCCUGGUUGAUUGUGUUCCUGGUCUUGAUUAAGGGUAUAAAGUCCCUGGGGAAGGCUGUUUAUUUUACUGCCCUUUUCCCUCAUGUCAUCUUGGCCAUUCUCCUUGUACGUGGUGUUUUACUGGAAGGAUCCGCAGAAGGCAUUAAAUAUUAUCUGACGCCUGAUUUUACUCGACUUCUAGACUCUGAGGUGUGGAGUGACGCAGUCGUUCAGAAUUUUUAUUCACUCAGCGUAUCUUUGGGAGGCCUGAUAGCGAUGUCAAGCUACAACAAGUUCCACAACAACUGUUUCAGGGACGCACUAAUUUGUUCCCUUAUGAACUGCGGGACUAGCGUUUAUGCUGGAUUGGUCAUCUUCUCCGUGCUUGGCUACAUGGCGCAUAUAUCUGGGAAAGAUGUGGCUGAUGUUGCUAGUCAGGGCCCUGGUCUUGCCUUCAUCGUGUAUCCAGAGGCCAUAUCCCAGAUGCCGUUACCGACUCUGUGGGCCAUUCUGUUCUUCUCCAUGAUGCUGUUACUGGGAUUCAGCGCACAGUUUUCCAUGGCAGAGACCGUUUUGAGCAGUAUAAUGGACGAAUAUCCACAUAUUCUACGUGUUAGUAAAUGGAGGGAAACCAUCAUGAGGGGCGUCGUGUGCGGAGUGUGUUUUCUACUCGGCCUGCCGAUGUGUGCAAGGGGUGGCCACUAUCUGUUAGACCUAAUGGACCACAGUGUUGGAGGUUUCCCGUUGUUGUUUGUUAGUUUAUUUGAAUGCGUAGUUCUACAAUGGGUCUAUGGAUGGUCCAGGUUUUCUGAAGAUGUGAAAAUAAUGCUUGGCAAGAAGCCUGGUAUCUACUUUCGGAUCACUUGGUGUUGUUUAUCUCCACUUCUUAUGUUGGCUGUCAUUGUAUUCAAAUUUAUCCAGCUGAAGCCAUACAUGUACCAUGGCUAUACAUUCCCUGUAUGGGCUCAGGCCAUAGGGUGGCUUAUUGCCUUGACCCCCGUCGCCCUCAUCCCUGCCUGGUUCCUGGGAAGAUACUGCUACGAUGGCGGCUUCCAGGCCUUGAAAAGAGCUGGAUCACCGCAAGCUGCCUGGGGACCUGCAAGAGCAGACGAUCGCGAUGGGACAAUAUACGACACAAAAUCCAAGGCAAAAAAUCUCUAUGGCAACGGUACGUCCAACCCUGCCUUUGACCAAUAUCCAUGCCAGUAGCAGUCCAAAAAAUUAAUAGAACAGUGGAAUGGAUGUAUGUUUCACUGUUUCAUAUGUGAACUGCAGAGUUUGUGGAUUAAAAAAAGAAAUUAAAAUACUUUAUUCUUUAUAAAAUCAGGGCAUUUUGCCCCACCUGGAACUGUUGUUUUGUUCAUUAAAAAAGGCACACAUGCGGGAGGUCUUUAAGAUAAGAAUGGCGACUUUUUGAACCUUGAUAAUGUUUGUUGUUUAAAAGACUAUCGAACGCCUACUAGUGAAAAUUAAUAUACAGUAAUUGCUCGAUACUUUCAGUGGGCAAAAAUUAUCAAAGUUUCAGAUUAGUAAUAUUAUAAUCGCAAAUAUUAUAUUUCUGUACAGCUUUUGUUAUGUUUUUACUACAGAUAACAGAAUUAUAGAGUAGGCAUCUUUCUAAUUA